AUGGCAGGCGGUGUUGACCAGGAGAAUCGCCCCCGGCCAGGGAUCUAUGUGGGGAGGAAGGCGGAUCACUCUUGCCCCGGAGACCAUGUGACGUGGGAGAUCGUUCUGAUGGUGGACGGCGCCUGCAGCAUCGAGUGCAGGUCCGAGCUUUCGCCCUCCAAGGGAGGAACCCAGGCUUGGCAUGUGGAAGGCACCUGGGAGUGGGUGGAGGACGAUGACGAGGUCGUCGUGACGGUCACAAAGGAGGAUCCUUUGGGCGGACCCCGUCGAGAUCGCGAUCUGGAGCUGUCGGUUUCUGACGAUCAGACAACUCUCACCUUCAAGGGAGCGGCUUGUUCCUGGACGGCUCCCCCUCCGGAUCCGUGGAUGGAGGAGAUGGCCGCGCUGUCCUUGAAGGACCUAAAGGCCCGCGCGGUGGCUUUCGGCCUAGACCCCACGGGUUGCGUGGAACGCGAGGAGUUCCUGAACUUGCUCCAACGUGGAAAGGCGAGCGGCGCCUUAAAAGAGGUCGCAUCCCCCAAAGCGGCCUCGCCUUCGCCACCGGACGCCUCGCCGGCCUCCAGCUCCUCCGCGCGGAAGGAGCCCGAGAAGUCGGAGAAGACCAGCGUGACUUCUCCAAGCCCGGCAGCUGGCGCAAGCCCUGUGGCCAGCGCAGGCUACGCGGGCUCGGAUGCACCAACGCCAGUGGCCGAUGCCGAUACACAGGAGAUUCCAGAAGGCUGCUUUUCCCUCGAGCAGCUGACGGACAAGCGCGUUUGGGAGAAAUUGGAUGUCGUGUCCACAGAACGUGAGACAUACCUGCCAGAGCCAAUUUUCCAAAAGCUCUUCGGCAUGCCAAAGGCGGACUUCGCGAAGCUUCCCAAGUGGAAGAAGGAGAACGCUAAGAAGAAGCAUGGCCUCUUCUAG